UAUGAUUAUACCAACAUUUGGUGUUUAUUGUCCCACACAUUUUUAUUGGACAAAUGAGGGGAUGAUAAUGUACAAGUAAAUCGCAUUCAGCAGCCCUUUUUCCUUAACAGUAUAUCAUGAACGACUUUUAUUGCUAUUCAAUAUUGUACAAAAUCAUUUUAGUGGCUGCUCGGUAGUACACGGACAUAUAAUUUAUUUUUUUUACCUGCCUUUUUGGGCGUUUUCAGCACCUUUUUUACACUGCUAUAAGCAGAGCUUUGAUGAUACGAUGUAUGACAUCACAUACGACACCAACGUGUCCCAAAGGGAAACUAUGUUUGUGGUGAGUGAUAAUGUUGAGUAUUCACCUGAACAGAGGACGUUUAUGGUGAGUGACAAUGGUGAAUAUUCACCUGAACAGAGGACGUUGAGCCUAUGAUCGCUUCACUGUCGGUCAGCCCACAGGUUACAAACAGCUAUGAUUUUGUGAUUUAAAGUUUCAGGCUACAUAUAGUCCAAAAAGGCAACGUACACCUGCCUGUCCAGCCUGUCCGAGGGGGCUGUUACACACAACACCUGUGGGGACCACAUCUGAUGAGAAUGGGAGUGACAACCGGCUUUGGGGAUGCGUGCCCUGGAGGGUGUGGCUGCAUCGGGAGCAGUAUGGAUUAGAAAUACGGAAGAAGACAACGUUUUCAAUGAUACCAGGACAAGCGGUUUGAAUCUUAGCAACAUCCCGUUCCAGAAGGCUGAAAAAAUCUUCGCCUGAGAACCCCGCGUGGUUGCAGAAAUGGCCCUACUAUCCUAAGGAUCAUUGAGAAGCAUGGUGUCACAGUGAGAUGUGACAGCGUUUGAGAGCCAGACUGUGGAAUGGGCCCUCCUGAGUUUGACUCCCAGCUGUCGCUCCUGGAAAGUGGCCAUGCUGAUCUUGGUCAAUUGCUUGCCUUCUCUGGUGCCUCAGUUUCCCCAGUCAUGUAACAGGGAUAGUGUGCACUUCAGAAGCUUGCUCAGGGCUUGCUCAGGGCACCAAAUAACUCUGUGAGCAUAAAGCACUUACAGCCAUGUCCAAGGCACCAGCAGACAGAAGUUAAGUGUAACUGUCAUCAGCAUCAGGAGGAGGAGUUUCUUUGCAUCUAGAGGGACCAUCUGCAUUGACUCAGCGCCUGUAGGAAAGAAGACAGCGGCCAGACACUGACAAGCCCUUCUACUUCCUUUUUUUGCUAAUUGUAUACAACUUACUUUGAAAAGCCGUUUCCAUUCCCUGCACACAGACUCCAGCGGGUGGCCAAAGGGACAUCUCUUCUCGGAUAGCUGACCCGGGUCCUCAUGCUGCUGUGGUCACUGCUGGUCAUCUUUGCUCCAGUCGAUGGAAAAUCAGACUGGCUGACCCUCGUGGCUCCCUCUGCCGUCUUUGAAGGAGACAGAAUAGAUCUGACAUGCCAGAAGAAAAGCGACCGGUGGAAAGUCAAGAGGGUGUCAUAUUACAAGGACGGAGAAGAGUUACGGUUUUCAAGCGCAGUCUCCAACUUUUCUAUCCAAAGAGCAGUUUUGAGUGACAGUGGCACUUAUCACUGUGCUGUUGCUCCUCUUUGGCCUAUCUUUCCUUUCCAAAAGGAAAAAACCUCAAGAAGUGUAAGGAUUGAAGUUCAAGAGCUGUUUCCACGCCCUGUGCUCACAGUCAGCCCCUUCCGGGCCAUCGAGGGGGACCCAGUGACGCUGACCUGUGAGACCAAGCUUUCUCCACAGAGGUCAGAUGCCCAGCUCCGAUUUUGCUUCUUCAGAGAUGGCAGAGCCCUGGGGUCCGGCUGGAGCAGUUCCCCAGAGCUCAGGGUCCCUGCCAUGUGGAGCAGAGACUCAGGGUCCUACUGGUGCCAGGCACAGACAGUGACUCCCAGCGUCAGAAAACAGAGCCUCCAGUCGCAGAUUCACGUGCGGAGAGUGCCUGUCUCUAACGUAAGCUUAGAGAUGCGGGCCCCCAGGGGCCAGGUGAUCGAAGGAAGGAGCCUGGUCCUGCUCUGCUCGGUGACCGAAGGCACAGGAAACAUCACAUUUUCCUGGCACAGAGAGGCCACAGGAACCAGCGUGGGGAAGAAGACCCAGCGUUCCCUGUCGGUGGAGCUGGAGGUCCCAGCUGUGCAAGAGCGCGAUGCUGGCCGUUAUUACUGCAGAGCGGACAACGGCCAUGGCCCCAUCCAGAGCAAGGUGCUGAGUAUCCUUGUGAGAAUCCCAGUGUCCUGCCCAAUCCUAUCCAUCACAGCACCCAGGGCCCAGGCCGUGGAGGGGGACGUGGUGGAGCUUCGCUGCGAGGCCCAGAGGGGCUCUCCCCCCAUCCUGUACCGGUUUUAUCACGAGGACGUCCCCCUGGGGAACAGCUCAGCCCCCUCUGGAGGAGGAGCGUCCUUCAACCUGUCUCUGACCGCAGAACAUUCUGGAAACUACUCCUGCGAGGCCGACAAUGGUCUCGGGGCCCGGCGCAGCGAGGUGGUGCCACUCAGCCUCUCAGGGACCAGCAGCUACAGAGAAGAACAUGCCACAGCCAGAGCUCUCGGGCUGCUGGGUGUCCCUGCUUGUGUUGCUGCUGCUCUGCUGUUUUACUGCAGGUUCCACAAGACACCGGAGAUGUUCCCAGUGCAAAUUCUCAGGCGUCCACCCCCUCCAGCCCAUCCCCAGCCAUUGAGGACCUGCAGCCAGAUUAUGUCAAUGUGGACCCUGGAGAUGGGGAUGUGGCUUAUUCCUUUGUCUGGAGCAUCCAGCUACCAGAAGACUCAGAAAACACCAGAAGGACAAUUCUGGAGAACAAGGACCCCCACGUCAUCUACUCUGGCGUGAAGGAGAUGUAACACUUGGAGGAAUGGGGGGCAGAUCACCAACAAAGAUGGAACAGCACUAAAGGCUACAUAAAACCUUAUAAAGACGCCCAACCCUCAUGACCUCUCACAGACAGAAUGUGCUCCAGGGGAUGAGCAGGCUGCCAUUUUUGUUAUCAUGUUCUUUCCCAAUGUCUCCUUCUGUUCAUUCAACAUUGGUUGAAGUGUUAUUGUACCCCAGAUACCGUGCAGUGAGAUUAUCUCUGUUACCUGCUCUUAAGGUUCAAUGUUCAAAGAGUUGAGAAGGAGAAAUGAACAAGAGAGACGAGCUUUUGCCUACACCUACUCUGAGAUGAUGUGAACAGAAUCCAUUUCUGGGCUUUGCUUUCUCUUCCAAACUGGGACCUCAUUGUCCUUUGUCUCCACAGACCUCUCAAGUUGUAAAUGAAUCCUCUCUUGCUUUUGUGAGAAUGUAGGGUUGAGUUUGUGGGAGGGAACAGCAUCUUGAAUGAGCUUGCUUUAUUUGUCCAUUCUUGAAUGUUUGGUUUGUACCCUGAUUCACAUUGAUGUAGAAGCAACAAACCUCUGUUUGAAAUGGUCAGUGGCCAUUACAUUCAUUGUAACGUAAUCAAUUCACAUUGAUGUAAUAACAACAAGGGUAUUUAUGUCUGUUUGAAAUGGACAAUGGCCAUUACAUUCAUUGGCACCCUCAUGUAAGGGGUAAGAAGACCACAGCCCUUGGGACCCUUUGCCUGGGGCAGUGUCCCAACCCCAUCCCCCACUAAUCACAUGGUCUUGAACCAACCACUUAACCUCCCUGUGCCUCCGUUUCUUCACCUUUAAAUGGGCAAAACCUACAGGUUAUUAUGAGGAUUAAAUGUUCAUAAAUCACCUGGAACAGUGUCUGGCAUGGUUAGCACUAAAGAAGUAUUCCUUAAAUAAAAUAUGCAUAACGAUCA